AUGCCUAGAAGGAGAUUAGAUUCGUCCAUACGAAGAAGUCGGACCAGAUCGGGGUGCAUAACAUGCCGAGAUAGACAUAUAAAAUGCGAUGAACAACAACCAAUUUGCAAGAAUUGCUUGAGGUCAAACAGAGAAUGCUUGAAAGGUACUCGCUUGAAUUUUAGACAGUAUAUAUUUCAUGACCCAGAAGAAGAUCCAACUACAUCGAGGUACUUGAAGAUGCUAGAACUAAAACUGAAACUGAAACUGGAACUGGGACUGGAACUGAAACUGAAACUGGGACUGGGACUGGAACUGAAACUGAGGCCACUGCUGCUGCUGCUGCUGCAACUGUAUAGAAUAUUGGAUCACUCAAUCACUGUUGCCGCGUUAUAUGAUCACGUAUCAAGAUAUCAACAAUACUUGCCACUACAUUCAUUGGACGAUCUAAAAGAGUCUGAUAUGAAUUUCCACGACGAUGGAUUUGGCGCAUUCAACCAACCAUAUACAAAAUUAGAAAAAGACGCAGAAAUAGAGGCAACAACAGAAGAAGAGGAAGAAGAAACAGCAGCAGCAGCAGAAGUGGAAAAGGAGAUGACAAUAGGAAUGUAUGCAGCAGAUAUUAAUAUGCUUGAAACAUCAAACACGUCCUACAUGAGAAGCUGUAGCACUUCUAAUUACUUUGCCAUACAACAAAUGUCGCAAGCGCAUGGAUUACCCUCAGAUCAACCAGUUUAUUCAAAUAUGGCCGGCCAUAUAAACGCUGGUUUCCCAACCAUGCCAACGCUGUUUGAAAAAAUAAACCAUGAUGCUCGACUUUAUAACGCAACACACCCACAAAAUCAAAUGGUUCCACUUCCGCAGCAUCUGCAACCACAAGUACAACAGCCUCAACCACAAGUACAACAGCUACUUCUUUCUUCAGUUCCAGAUUUUUAUUCAACACAGCAGCUGCCCUCACAGUUACCACCAUCACCACCACCCCUUCUACAACCACCACCUCUACCACCACCGUCACAUAGUUUGUGGUUUCUAGACUUGACAAACGAUGCAGAGAUUUGGAGCACAAUUAUUCCAAGGUUGUGCCGCCAAAGUAGUGACACAUUCCUACCUGAUUGCUUGCAAGCAGCGUGUUCACCAUCAAUUGAUAUAAAAUAUUUACUGUUAACAACGAGACAGUUUAAAAGAUGGAGUCUAAUUGAAUCUGCACUUGUUAACCAACAAAACAUUACCAUGUUUGAAACACUUUUGAUUAGCAUUUGCUUGAUCCUUUACACCAUCUACACCAAGAAUGAAAAGUACAAACUAAACGAUUUGCAACAGAUGAUACUCAACAGCGAAUCAAAAUUGUUUGAGAGCAUUUUAGAAAAAAUAACCCUGUUUUUAGUCUCCGUGGAAACACCGGCAUCAGCCAUAAUAGUUUCAAGUAUACAAUCCAUAACCAUAUUGAGGUUUUUCAUUAAUAAAUUCCAAGAUCUCACGUUUAACAAGCGAGAUCAGAAGCAGAGGAAGAAAAUGAAAAAGAAAAUUGAUCUUGAGACUAUUGAUAAACAAGGCGUGGAAGCCGGACUCGCAACUACAACUGAACCUGGUGGUGUUGACCUAAGUCAUUUCUUAAAACUCAACCCAUAUGAAAUUGGGUUUCUAAACUCAUCCUAUCGCGGCAUUGACCGCAAUUCUUUUGCAAGGGUCUCUGGAUCUCAACCUACUUCAAGACAACCUUCUUUAAACCCCACUUUUACUCUACCAGAGUCGCAAAAAAUAUCCUCACUUUUAUGGUACCUUAUCAAAUUGGAUUACAUAACAAACAACCCACUCGAAGCUAAUAAUUUUAUAUUCAGAGAAACUUAUCAGUUUGAAAACAUGUUUGAAAUAGAUGCACAGCCCUGGCCAUUGGCGGAUAAAUCAAAGCUAGCUAGGAUAGUUCUCGAGAAAUUCACUAUGAAAUUAUUAAACAUACGCAAUGACAAUUUGGUUAGCAACAUGAAUUGGGGACUUAAUAAUAUCUUUGCGCUGAUAAAUCAAAGUACAACAUGGAGCGCUACCACAAAGUCACAAUGGAGUAAUUAUUUCGAGUGGACUAUUCGGUAUGUGAAUCCACCAGAACCACGUGCAAAAUAG